AUGGCUGACGCUGCGCCGCCUAAACCGGCCGAGUCAGCGGCGCCCAAGAAAGACAAGAAGGCAGCGAAGGAGGCGAAGCGUGAACGUCGUGCUGCCGCUGCAACUGCGAAGGCUGAAUCGGCCUCAGCUUCGUCGUCAACACCCGGCGGAGGAAGUACGCCAUCGUCGCAUUCCGGCUCGAGCAAGGCGCGGCCAUCGUCUUCUGCUCCUGGCGGCAAGAAAGACGCUGCGCCAGGCAAGCAGGGCACUGGCUCCGCUGCUUCCUCGCUUGACGAAGAUCUAUCAACUGUCGGCGUGUUGGGCGAUGCGUCGCUGUUUGGCAAUGUGGCCCUCCCACGCAAUAUUCGCCUGAAUACAGCCAGCUGGAAUGCAGCAGCGUCGCGAGGCGCUAUCCACCCUGCCGUACUCACACUGUGUCAUCAACUAUCUACGUUCGCAAUUCGCGGCGCCAACAAGCGCGCAACCGCUGUGCUUCGUGCGCUGGGCUCGGUCAUUGAGGACUAUAAGACGCCGCCCGGUGCGGUGCUCAGCCGCGACUUACUGACUCGUGUAUCGCAGCAGAUUGGCUUCAUUGUAGAGGCCCGCCCACUGAAUACAGCCACGGGCCACGCUGUUCGCUUCCUAAAAUACGAGAUCAGUGUCGUGGAUGCGAGUCUCUCAGAGGAAGAAGCAAAGGAACAUUUGCUGGGCCGCAUUGAUCACUUUAUCCGUGAUCGUAUUGUGUACGCUGCCAAGGUCAUCCAGUCGCAUGCCGCAGCGAAGAUCCAUGAUGGCGACGUCGUUAUGACGUAUGCACAUUCAUCCGUGGUCGAAGGUACGCUGAUCCAGGCGCAUAGGCAAGGCACCAAGUUUGAGGUGGUCGUCAUCGACUCGCGCCCGCUCUUCGAAGGCCGCGUGCUCGCAGAGCACCUGUUGGAGGCUGGCAUCCCUACGACGUACGGUCUACUUACCUCUCUGAGUACGCUGGUGCCGCGCGCGACGCUGAUGCUCCUUGGCACGUCGUCCUUGCUGUCCAAUGGCGCGCCGUAUGCUCGUUCUGGCACGGCAAUGUGUGCUAUGAUGGCCCAUCGAUUCCAUGUACCUGUGAUUAUCUGCUGCGAAACGUACAAGUUUAGUGAUCGCAUUCAGCUUGAUAGCUUCGUGAUGAACGAGGCAGGCCAGAGCAGCGAUCUACUUUCGCAGGAAGACGAUGGGACUCAGACGGACAGUGUGCUCCUUACGCGUGCAGAAUGCAGCGCACAGUCGCGCCUCAAAGUGGUUCAGCUAUUGCAUGACGUGACACCUCCUCGCUACAUUAGCGCCAUUGCGUCGGAAGUUGGUCUCAGUGGUACAGAAAGUGUGGGUGUGAUCUUACGAGACUAUAAGAGCGUUCUCUUCGGUGUAUAG